AUGAGCGAUUUUGAGGACUCCUCCCAUCGUUAUCCGCUUGCAGCCGCUGGCGCGCCCAACCCGAGCUCUGCGUCAAAGAUAAAAUGUGCAGGGUUGGCAGGUGGUGCUUUCAUUCUCCGAUUCACCGACCUGCAUUGUCAGCACCCAGGAUGUCAUUAUUUGGUAAAAGUCGUCGAUCCACGGUCUUCCAGGCCAGAGUGGAGCGAAUCACAAUUGCGGAGACCUGAAGGAUUUGAUGAAAGGAAAGCUGGGUGA